CUCACCCUGCGGAGCCGCCCCGGGGCAGGAGAGGAUGCCGGCCGCCGGAGCCAAGUCCAGGGCCAAGGUGACCUUCAGGGACCUGGCCAUCUACUUCUCCCGCGAGGAGUGGGAGUGGCUGAGCCCGCCGCAGAGGGCGCUGUACGGGGACGUCAUGCUGGAGACCUACGGGAACCUGGUCUCUCUGGGACUGUCCUCGCGGAGGCCGAACGUCAUCGCCCUGCUGGAGCGGGGGAGGGCGCCCUGGGUGGUGGAGCCUGCGAGGAGGCGCCGCGGUCCGGACUCAGGAUCUAAAUGUGAGACCAAGAAGUUACCUCCAAAUCAGUGCAACAAAGCUGGGCCAAGCAUCUACCAGAAGCCAGUUUCUGCACCACCAAAAGUUCUCACAGCAAAGAGAGGCUGCAAGAAAAAGUCAGUCCUAAUAAGAUCCAAGAAAGUGCGUUCAGAGAAGGAAUCUUUGAAAUGUAACGAGUGUGGGAAGGUCUUUAGUCAGAGCCUAUCUCUCCACCUCCAUCAGAGCUCUCAUACUGGAGAGAAGCCUUAUGGAUGCAGCGACUGUGGAAAAUCUUUCAGACAGAUCUCAUCCCUCAUUCUGCAUCAGAGACUCCACACUGGAAGGAAAAACCAGCAAUGCGACACGUGUGGGGAAAGUUUCAUUCAAAGGGCGACGCUUCCUCUCCCCGGGAGAAUUCACGAUGGGAAGGAAAGAGCCUGUGACUGUGCCAAGGCCUUGCAGCAGUGCCCCCCUCUCAGCAUCCACCGGAAAGGUCACCUGGUGGACAACAUCCGCCGGUGCCGAAAAUGUGGGAAGACCUUCCUUCGGAUGUCAGCCCUUUUGCUUCACAAGAAAACGCACAAGAGAAAGAAGAAACAUCAGUGCGGCGCGUGUGGGAGAGGCUUCAGUAAGAAAGCAGCCCUGGUGAGGCAUGGAAGAAGUCAUCGUGGAGAGGAAACCCCGGAGAGCGAGAGGGCCUCCAGGCCGCGUCCGCAGCGGAGGGCCCCCCGUUUGGAGAGUCCGUACAAGUGCAGGAGGUGCGGCAAAUCCUUCGCCAGGAUUUCGUCCAUCAUGCUUCACCAGAGAACUCACACGCCAGAGAAGCCCUACAGGUGCGACAAGUGUCAGAAGGCCUUCGGGCGGCUCCCCACGCUCCUCCUGCACCGGAGGCUCCACAGCGGAGAGCAGCUGUACCGCUGCGGUCAGUGUGAGAAGGUCUGCGCCCGGCGCUCGUCCCUGCUGCAGCAUCAGAAGGUUCACACGAGGAAGAAGAAGCUCUUCGAGUGCAAGGAGUGUGGGAAGAUGUUCUCCGGCACCGCCAACCUCAAGAUCCACCAGAACAUCCACUCCGAGGAGAAGCCUUUCAAGUGCGGCAAGUGCAGCAAGGUCUUCGGCCGCCAGUCGUUCCUCCUCGAGCACCAGAGGAUCCACACCGGGGAGAAGCCCUACCAGUGCGAGGAGUGCGGGAAGGCCUUCAGCCACCGCAUCUCCCUCACGCGGCACAAGAGGAUCCACUCGGAGGACAGGCCCUACGAGUGCGACCGCUGCGGCAAGGCCUUCAGCCAGAGCGCCCACCUCGCCCAGCACGAGCGCAUCCACACCGGGGAGAAGCCCUACGCCUGCGGCGCCUGCGGCAAGGCCUUCAGCCAGCGCACGUCCCUGAUCCUGCACGAGCGCAGCCACACCGGCGAGAAGCCCUACGCGUGCGGCCAGUGCGGCAAGGCCUUCAGCAGCGGCUCCGACCUCAUCCGGCACCAGCGCAGCCACUCCUCGGAGAAGCCCUACGCGUGCGGCCACUGCGGCAAGGCCUACAGCCGCAGCUCGUCGCUGCUCCGCCACCAGAGCGCGCACUCCCAGGGCAAGGCCUGAGCCUCCUGCGGC